UACGGGACUUCUCGGAUUUCUUCGUCGAACACGACAAUAACAACAAAUAUGGCGACCUCCGGCACGGAAAUCAGUGAUCUUCGGAAAUUAACUGUAGUUAAAUUACGAGACCGCCUUUCAAAACUAGGCUUACCCACAUCAGGUUUGAAAGCAGACCUUGUUGAGAGAUUACAUGGAUAUUAUGCAGAGCAGCAGGAAGCGGAAGAAUAUGGAGAACCGGAAGGUCAGGAAGAGAGUAUGGAUACAGGUGGACAAUUUUCACCACCUCCUCACCCUGCAGGACCUCCCUCUUUAAUGGCUAUACCCGUACAGGAACCACAACAGAAAGCUAAGCAGCAGCCACCUCCACCACCUGCACCCGCCCAUGUCACCAGAACCUCUCUUCAGAUGAGACUACAACAAAUGGCAGGACAGCCUUCAGAGGAGAGUUCAAACUCUAAGGGACCACCAGUCAGCCAGCCUCCAUCACAACCUCCCCCACUGAUGAGUCAACCUGUGCAGCCUCCACAAAUGAAUCAAACCCAAUCACAGCCUCCCCCUCUAAUGGCUCAGCAGGUUCAGCCCCCUAAGUCUCAAAUGAACCAACCCCCAUCACUAAUGUCUCAGCAAGUUCCUCCACCAAAACCGCAACAGAUGGGUCAGCCACCACAGUUGAUGCAGCAGCCACCUCCAGGUAUGGGACCACCACAUGGACAACCACAACAAAUGGGACAACCCCAGCAACAAAUGAUGAGCCCGCCUCAGCUUGGACCUCCUCCACCACAAAUGAACCAGCCUCCCCCCAUGGGCCCUCCACCUCAAAAUCUAGGUCAACAGCCUCCAAUGACACAGCCUCCACAUGCUAUGGGAGCUCCCCCACAACUUGCUCCCCCAGGAACUCAGAUGGGACAACCAGUUCAACCCCCACCACCAGGUCAGAUGCCUCCACAAGUCGGCCCACCAGCUGGACAGAUGGGACAGGCACCAGCACAGAUUGGUCAACCCCCACAACUAGUACCAUCUUCACAGAUGGGUCAACCACCACAAAUGCAGGAUGUAGAUCUGCAAGAGAAGAUAGCAAUGCAGACACGACUGAUUGAGCAGGAGCGCCAGCAACAAGAACAACAACGUCUCCGGGAGCAACAAGAACAACAACGUCUCCGGGAGCAACAAGAGCAACAGCGUCUCAGAGAGCAACAGCAGAAAGAGCGACUAGCAAUACAACAGCAGGCCUUGCUUAUGCAGCAACAGCAUCCACAGCAACAAGGCGGAGAGGAAGGUACUGACCUCAUGGAGAAGGUUAGACAACAACAGAUCAUGUUGGAGCAACAGAAACAAAAGGAAAGAAUAGAGCAGCAACAACAGGCACUACUUGAGCAACAGAAUCAGGCAAUUAAGAAACAGGAGGAAGACCGUCGUCGUAACGAGGCAGAGUUGAUACGUCAACAACAGAUCGCUCUGAUGGAGGCAAAAAGGGAGGAGCAACAGAAACGAAUACGAGAAGAGAGGAGAGGUCCACCAACAACAGCUGAAAACGAGCAACAGCGUCAGCCACCUAUAUCUGCAAAUCAGCCUUUUAAUCCAAGACCUUCCUUGCUACAUGGUCCCAGACCCCUGUUACCUACAAGUUCUACUAGUGGUAUACCACCUCUGCUACCUCCUCCUAGGGCAGCAACCACCAGUAUUCCUCCACUACUGCCGCCAUCCUCAAGCAGUGAACAGGUUCGGCCUCCUCGUCCCCCUGAGGAGAGAGUGGAGAGGGGCCCACAGGAACCAAGGGAGCUUAAAUUGCCCUCUGCCCUUGAAAAAGUCCUUGCUUUUAAAGAUGUGAGAGCACAGGAAGUUGGACUUACACCGGAGGAGUUGGAACAGUUAAAUAUGCCUGAGAAGAAACGAAUAGAUGAUGAUGAUGAUGAUGAAAUUGAGAUGGUGGAAAUGGAGGAAGAAGAUCAGAAUGAAGACAAUGAAGAAAUUAUCAGGCCUGAUCCAGCAAGAGAGUCUAAAAAUAAGAAAAAGAAGAAGAAAAAGAAGAAGGCAAAGCAGAACAGAAAACUGAAGCAGAAUGAGAAACCUGUUGAGCCUCAACAACAAAAUGAACCAGAUGUUCAAGUAGAGUAUGUACAGGAACAACUUGACUUAGACCCAACAGAUCCAAACUACUUCAUCUUCAGCAAAAUAUUUGAAACAUUCAAGAUAACAGACGAGUCAGCUAAAGAUCAACCAAAGACAGUUGAGAGUCAUCCAGAGAAACCGAGUGAACCAAAGUCAAAGAUGCAUGAUCCAGAUAAUGACGACAGUGAUGAAGAACUGGAAGAUAAACUAGACGAUGAUGCCCCUAAGUUAUCCAAGAAAAAGCUGAAGAAACUCACCCGUCUCAGUGUGGCCCAGCUCAAACAGCUUGUUACCCGGCCUGAUGUUGUUGAGAUGCAUGAUGUCACGGCCCAAGAUCCUAGAUUACUGGUCCACUUGAAAGCUACACGGAACACUGUGGCAGUACCUAGACACUGGUGCUUCAAAAGAAAAUACCUGCAGGGGAAGCGAGGUAUAGAGAAGGCCCCGUUUGAACUGCCAGAUUAUAUACAGGCUACUGGUAUUACAGAGAUGAGGGCAGCAUUGGCUGAGAAGGAAGAUCAGAAAAAUUUAAAGUCGAAGAUGCGAGAGAAAGUACGACCCAAGAUGGGAAAGAUUGAUAUAGACUAUCAGAAAUUACAUGAUGCUUUCUUCAGAUGGCAGACCAAACCUAAAAUGACCAUACAUGGAGAUUUAUAUUAUGAGGGUAAGGAGUUUGAGACAAGACUGAAGGAGAAGAAGCCUGGUAACUUAUCUGAUGAUUUAAAGACAGCUUUGGGUAUGCCUAUAGGACCACAAUCCGAGAAGGUACCUCCACCAUGGUUAAUUGCUAUGCAGAGAUAUGGUCCACCACCAUCAUAUCCAAAUCUAAAAAUACCUGGUUUAAAUGGACCCAUCCCUGAGGGGUGUUCAUUUGGUUACCAUGCUGGUGGGUGGGGUAAACCACCUGUAGACGAAAACGGUAAACCUCUUUAUGGAGAUGUAUUUGGUACAAAAAGUUCUGAUUUUGAGACGGCAGUAAAGGAUGAUGAUAUAGAUAGAUCUAAGUGGGGAGAGCUGGAGUCAGAAUCUGAGUCGGAGGAGGAGUCCGAGGAGGAAUCUGAAGAAGAGACGCCAGAAGAUAGCGGGCUUAUCACCCCUGCUGAAGGCCUAGUCACACCCAGUGGAAUAACCUCGGUUCCUGUUGGAAUGGAAACACCAGACAUGAUAGAGUUGCGUAAGAAACGUAUAGAAGAUUCCAUGGACCAAGGUGGCGAAACUCCAGCUCUUUACCAGGUCAUCCCUGAAAAGAAGACAAAUGUUGGUGGAGCUAUGAUGGGAUCAGCACAUAUAUAUGACGUAGCAGGGCUUCCAGCAGGUGCCAAGAAGCCAGGGGAGAAAGUGUCCACAGAAGGUAUUGAGGUUGCCCUCAACCCUGAGGAGCUUGACCUUGACACAGCAGCCAUGCAGGCCAAGUAUGACCAGACUUUGAGAGAACAACAGUCACAACUCGAAAAAGAAGACCUCAGUGAUAUGGUGGCUGAACAUGCAGCUAAACAAAAGAAACGGAAAAAGAAACAAGAAGAAAGCGGGAAAGCAGCAAAGAAAUACAAAGAAUUUAAGUUCUAAUGUUAUUUUUAUAUGUCUUGUGAAAAAAAAUCAGUUUUAUACACUUGAAAGACUGUUGUGGAAACAGAUGUGCAUCAUAUGAUGUUCUAUAAGAAGUUUAUAGAAGCAGGGAUGACCUCAUUGCAGUAAUUGCUGUUGACAUUAAUACAAUCAUGGUGGUCCACUUCAAGUCAGCUCCGACAUCUUGCAGAGGUCAUUAUCAUUGUGCAAUUAUUGGCUUUCCAGGAUGUGCAGUAGAAAGUUAUUUUUUUGUCAGCAAAGUGAAAAUUCCUCAUAUCCAUACUUUAUCUCUGCUAUGAACACUUGAAGUAGAUUUGAGAUGUUCAAACAACAUGGUGUGGCUCUUUAAAUAAGUGACUUAACAAUUUUCAGUAACUGAUAAUUUUAUUAAAUGUUACAAUAAAUUGAUUAUUUAACAUGAAAAUCAUGUGCUUCAUCUAUCAUGUUUUCAUUUCUCAUGUGUACCAUUAUCAUAUGACCAUGCACUGUAAACAAUGAGAACAGUAAAACUGACAAAAUGGGAAA